AGUUAGCACGCCACAUCUCUAGCCGGCAAUCAAAAAAAAUUAAAAAGUUUUAAACAAUAAUCAAAGCAACAGUUCUCGUAUACACAACAAAGUUUGACAACUACUCCAGCAACAACUAGAACCAACAUGUGCAAACAAUUGGUCGUGACUCUCGUCGUGCUGUUCAUUGGGGCAGUCAUAGCAGAUGAUAGUCAGUCAUGUUAUUCAUUCGCUGGCGGUUCCGUUUAUCCAGCUGGUGAGCCCAAAGGUGACCACCAACUGCAGUACACCAAGGCAGUCAUUUCGAAGCCCGCACCACACUUUGAGGGCACCGCUGUAGUUAACAAGGAGAUAGUGCAGCUAUCGCUAUCGCAGUACUUGGGAAAAUACGUAGUACUGCUCUUUUAUCCAUUGGACUUUACCUUUGUUUGCCCCACGGAGAUUAUUGCCUUCUCGGAUCGCAUUGCUGAGUUCCGCAAGAUCAACACUGAAGUAAUUGCCGCCAGCGUUGACUCGCACUUUACUCACUUGGCUUGGAUUAAUACCCCGCGCAAGGAGGGUGGUCUAGGUAAUGUCAAGAUACCGCUGCUCUCGGAUCUGACGCAUAAGAUUAGCAAGGACUACGGUGUCUAUCUAGAGGCAGUAGGCCAUACGCUGCGUGGUUUGUUUAUUAUCGACCAAAAAGGCGUGCUGCGUCAAAUUACCAUGAACGAUCUACCCGUCGGUCGCUCCGUUGACGAAACCAUAAGACUUGUGCAAGCUUUCCAAUACACCGAUACCCACGGCGAGGUAUGCCCAGCUGGCUGGAAACCUGGUGCCGAUACCAUUGUGCCUAAUCCAGAGGAGAAGACCAAAUACUUUGCCAAGAACAACUAGAAACAAGGCGAUAAAUAAAUAAAAACAGAAGAAAACAUUCCCAGCGAAGCAAUUAGCAUUUCCAUUUCAAAUUUGUAUUGUACAUAAACAAAUGAUCUUUGUGUAAAAUAGAAUUGUUCUGUUAUGAUGAUGCACACAAACAAAUGUAUUAAUAAUAAAU